AUCGAUUUAGUUCGACGAGGAAAAACGACCCCCGCGUCCAACACACCAGCCCCAAGCCAGAGGGAGAUUAGUAGUAGUAACGACAGUCCUUCAAACAUUACGCAGCCAAUCGUCUGGCUAUACUCCAAGGUUUGCCCAGCAGAGAGUAAAAGAAAAAGAAGUGUGAAGAUACCACAGAACGUGCAGCGCAAACAAAACGAGUGAAAGUGCAAAAUUAUAACAUAAAUCUAUGCGACUGGCAUUUUCAACAAUUUCUUCCAGCCAGUAACAGCCUCAGUCAACGUCAGCCCCCGUAGCACCCAGCACCGAGAAUCGAGCGUUUCCACCCCCAACAAUAAAAAAAAAAAAAGUGCACGCCGCCAACCGCGUCGUUGACAUCGAGCCACACAAAGCCCCAACAACAACAGCAACAACAGCACCACGAUGGCGUUCGCUGGACUAAAGAAACAGAUCAACAAAGCCAACCAGUAUAUGACGGAGAAAAUGGGCGGUGCGGAGGGCACCAAGCUGGAUAUGGACUUUAUGGAUAUGGAGCGUAAGACGGACGUGACCGUGGAGCUGGUGGAGGAGCUGCAGCUGAAGACCAAGGAAUUUCUGCAGCCAAAUCCAACGGCGCGUGCCAAAAUGGCCGCCGUGAAAGGCAUCUCGAAGCUGUCGGGACAGGCUAAGUCCAAUACGUAUCCCCAGCCUGAAGGUCUGUUGGCUGAAUGCAUGUUGACUUAUGGUAAGAAGCUCGGCGAGGACAACAGCGUGUUCGCGCAGGCGCUCGUCGAAUUCGGCGAAGCGCUGAAACAAAUGGCCGACGUCAAGUAUUCGCUGGACGACAACAUCAAGCAGAACUUUUUGGAGCCCCUGCAUCAUAUGCAGACCAAAGACCUUAAGGAGGUCAUGCACCAUCGAAAGAAGCUGCAGGGCCGGCGUCUCGACUUUGACUGUAAACGUCGCCGACAGGCCAAAGAUGAUGAAAUUCGUGGUGCUGAGGAGAAGUUCGCCGAGUCAUUGCAGUUGGCGCAAGUAAGCAUGUUCAAUUUAUUGGAGAACGAUACUGAACAUGUCUCACAACUCGUGACCUUCGCUGAAGCACUUUACGAUUUUCACUCUCAGUGCGCCGACGUACUGCGUGGCCUGCAGGAGACGCUACAGGAGAAACGUGCCGAGGCUGAGAGCCGGCCACGCAAUGAAUUUGUGCCCAAGACGCUGCUCGAUCUGAACUUGGACGGCGGUGGCGGCGGCCUCAUUGAUGACGGCACGCCGUCCCACAUUAGCUCGAGCGCCUCGCCGUUGCCCUCGCCGAUGCGCUCGCCCGCCAAGUCAAUGGCCGCGACACCGCAUCGCCAGCAGCAGCCAUGCUGCCAGGCCCUCUACGACUUCGAUCCCGAGAACCCAGGCGAACUGGGCUUCAAGGAGAACGACAUCAUAACGCUCCUCAAUCGCGUCGACGACAAUUGGUACGAAGGUGCCGUCAAUGGCCGAACCGGCUACUUCCCCCAGUCAUACGUGCAGGUGCAGGUCCCCCUGCCCAAUUAGAUUGCCUGCAUGUUGAUCAUAAUAAUAAACUGAAUGUUGGUUUCGCAGCUUGGCACAUAGUAUAAAUGCAAAAAGAGAUGCAGACAAUUGUAGAUGGUUAUAUAUGGUUAGAGUUACAGUUACGGCUUAGCUAGCACAGCACCUUCAUGUGGCCAUAAAAACAUCUAUUGAAACGGCGCAAAUGCGAAACAAAAAAUAUUAAAAAAAAAAAAAAAAAAACCAAAAAAAAAAAAAAAGAAAAAAAUGAAAACAAACUAAAUUAAAUGCGAAAUUUUACCAGUUGGCAAAACAAUAACUACAAAUUAUUAAUUACAAUUAAAUUAAAGUAUGUAAUUAUGUAUGUACUACAAACUACAUUUUCAAAUGUUACGAAAUUAAUAAGAACUUUCCAUGCGUUUCCAAUUUAAAAAUUGCUCUCCUUUGAAUCACACUUCUUAUUGCUAUAUGAACAGCAGAAACACAAUAAGCAAUAUAUAUAUGUAUAAAAUAUAUAUAUAUAUAUAACGAAGGGAAACAUGUCAAUCCAACAUAUUAAUUAGCUAGAUAUCCAUACUACAUACUUACAUAAAUACGUUGCGAAUCUUUUGCUUUCUCACUCUCUUGAUUGUUGUAAUUUCUAAUUUGUACUUUCCAUUGCGCUCUCUAUCCAAAUUCUAUAUAGUAUACCUAAAGCUACCUACCUAAAAAAAAAUAUAUAUAUAUAUUUGCAUAUAUAUAUAUAGAUACCUAUUAAAUACCUAUAUAUAUUUAUUGUAUACUCCUAACUGAUAUUUGUGCAAAUACAAUACUCCCCACACUCUAUCCCCUGGGGCGGCAUAUUAGCCGUCCGCAUGUUCGUUGUAAAAUUUAAAGAAUUUUUGUCAACUUCAAGGAUGUAAUACGAUAACAGAUGUUGAUAUCCUACAUUUUUGCUCCUUUUUAUGUGUGUUGUUUUUUGUUAUUUAUAUACAUAACUAUUACAUAAAAGAAAACAAAACAAAACAAAAAUAUAUAUAUAUAUAUAUAAAUAUAGAUAUAUUUAUUAAGCAUAUUAUCUACAUGUAUAUUUAUUAUUAUGUAUUUAUUAUAACUUAUACUGAGCAGCAGCGUUAAUACAACAAUUAUUAUAUUGAUAAUAACAACAACAAUGUAAUGAAUAAUGAACAACGUAACGGAAUCCUCCUAAGCAAAAGCAGCAUAUAACUAGUUAAAAUUUGAACAUAAUUAUUACUAUAAACGCGUUGAUAAUAACUGUUAACAUAAGCGACAACUCUAAAACCAGUCAAGUCAAGUCGAAGCAUAGCAAAGAGAAUUCAAUUACUAACCAAAACGCAAAAUGAGUUUACUUACAAUAAAUUUCUAGAAGAAUAUGUAUCUCUACCCGUAAAUGUAUCUGUAUCUGUAUCCGAAAGCAGACGAGUCAAGCCCCAUAUGAAUGGCAUACAUAGAAUACAUAGAAUGGUGCAUACAAAGCGAUAUACAUGCAAACACGAAUGUAUAUAAGCAGCCGUAUACACAAUUAUAUAUUUACUGAUAAUAAAUUAGUUAAUGAGCGAAAAAAAAAAAAAAAAAAAAAAAACAAAUUUAAUUUGCGAACGCAAAUAUAAAACUUGCGACAUUUGCCAAACAUUUCCAGGCGGCAGCCCCAUUUAGAGAUUUUGGCUCGACCGGCCGAGGCAAACGCGAAUGAUUUUAUUUUUAAUAAAAUUUUUUGUUUUUGUUUUUUUGAUGCAUUGAUGGGCGGCAAGAGUAAAACAAUAAUAAUUGUAAUUAUGCAUUUGUGUGGUGGAAAAGGAUAUAAAAAAUAAUAUAUAUAUAUACAUAUAUACAUAACUACAUACAUACAAAGAAUACAACUAUAUAAGAAUAACGCUAAAAACUGAAUCCCUAAUUUAUGCAAAACAAACAAAAACAA